CUCCACUUUCCUCUCAUCCACACGUUACAACAGCCAUCCUUCCCCAAUCAUCCAACUUCACCCACCCCUUCAUCUUCUUGAUAAUCACUAAUAUAUCUUAUUCUAACCACCGUCCUUCUCCAAUCACUUUAACUCCACUUACGUUCCAAAUUUAUCUUAUUUUCACACUACUCCCUAAGAUUCAACAUUUCCAAGGGAUUCUAUUGUACUUGCAAGAUUAUUUAGUGGUUUAUGUCGGGCAUCCCUUCGAGUGAAUAAUAAUGCCCCUCCAUGUGGAUGUAUGCUACUUCUCCAACUCUGAGCUUGGGCACGAAUCAAACUAUUCGUCCAGAUGUACACUCUCUUCCCCGAUACCGGCAUGAUGAUUAUGUACCCGAGAGUGACCCGCAUGGUGCCAGGUUGAGGAUGUCUAAGGAAUACUCUCGUACCGCACGACAAAAUGUGCAGUACUUUGGAGACCAAUUUGAUGGGCUUUUGGGCGUCACGCACAGCGAGAGAAGAGCAGGGAUGCAUGACAUCAGCAUGUGCAUCUGGACAUGCACAUCUAAAGAAGCUAAAGCUAAGAAAGAAGGCCAUUAAUUAAUUAACGGGGAACUGUGUGGAGUACGUGUCAUGAAAUGAUGAUUACAGGGUUUUAUGGGGCAGAGUUUUAAGGGCAGGGCAGGGGCAUGCAGCUUUCCCUUCCCUCAGCUUGCCUUAAAUAAAUCAAUCUUAUGGGU